GGGAGAGCUCCUUCAGCCCACUCACCAUUCCCUCAGGGACCAUGGGCUGUAGCUGCAGUUCAAACCCUGAAGAUGACUGGAUGGAAAACAUUGAUGUGUGCGAGAACUGCCACUACCCCAUAGUCCCACUGGAUGGCAAGGCCACGCUGCCCAUCCGAAAUGGCUCUGAAGUUCGGGACGCACUGGUCACCUAUGAGGGCUCCAAUCCACCAGCCUCUCCACUGCAAGACAACCUGGUUAUCGCCCUGCACAGCUAUGAGCCCACUCACGACGGAGACCUGGGCUUCGAGAAGGGUGAACAGCUCCGCAUCGUGGAGCAGAACGGCGAAUGGUGGAAGGCUCAGUCCCUGACCACGGGCCAGGAAGGCUUCAUCCCCUUCAACUUUGUGGCCAAAGCAAACAGCCUUGAACCUGAACCCUGGUUCUUCAAGAACCUGAGCCGCAAGGACGCAGAGCGGCAGCUCCUGGCACCCGGGAACACGCACGGAUCCUUCCUCAUCCGGGAGAGCGAGAGCACGGCAGGAUCCUUUUCACUGUCUGUCCGGGACUUCGACCAGAACCAGGGAGAGGUGGUGAAACAUUACAAGAUCCGUAACCUGGACAAUGGAGGGUUUUACAUCUCCCCUCGCAUCACUUUUUCCGGCCUGCAUGAACUGGUCCGCCAUUACACCAAUACCUCUGACGGGCUGUGCACGCGGUUGAGCCGUCCCUGCCAGACCCAGAAGCCCCAGAAGCCAUGGUGGGAGGACGAGUGGGAGGUUCCCAGGGAGACACUGAAGCUGGUGGAGCGGCUGGGGGCUGGCCAAUUCGGGGAGGUGUGGAUGGGGUACUACAACGGGCACACGAAGGUGGCAGUGAAGAGCCUGAAGCAGGGCAGCAUGUCCCCUGAUGCCUUCCUGGCUGAGGCCAACCUCAUGAAGCAGCUGCAGCACCAGCGGUUGGUCCGGCUCUAUGCUGUGGUUACUCAGGAGCCCAUCUACAUUAUCACAGAAUACAUGGAGAAUGGGAGCCUGGUGGAUUUUCUCAAGACUCCCUCAGGUAUCAAGUUGACCAUCAACAAACUCUUGGACAUGGCAGCCCAAAUUGCAGAGGGCAUGGCAUUCAUUGAAGAGAGGAACUACAUCCAUCGUGACCUGCGGGCUGCCAACAUCCUGGUGUCUGACACCCUGAGCUGCAAGAUUGCAGACUUUGGUCUAGCACGUCUGAUUGAAGACAAUGAGUACACAGCCAGGGAGGGGGCCAAAUUUCCCAUUAAGUGGACAGCACCAGAAGCCAUAAACUAUGGGACAUUCACCAUCAAGUCUGAUGUGUGGUCAUUUGGGAUCCUGCUGACGGAGAUUGUCACUCAUGGCCGCAUCCCUUAUCCAGGGAUGACCAAUCCUGAGGUGAUUCAGAACUUAGAGCGAGGCUACCGCAUGGUGCGGCCUGACAACUGUCCAGAGGAGCUGUAUCAUCUCAUGAUGCUGUGCUGGAAGGAGCGCCCAGAGGACCGGCCCACCUUUGACUACCUGCGCAGUGUGCUGGAGGACUUCUUCACGGCCACAGAGGGCCAGUACCAGCCCCAGCCUUGACAGGCCUCACUGUUUGUCCUGGGGCUCUCCCUGUCUCAUCAGCCUGGCUUGGGGAAGUAGAGUUCUUGUGCCAUACCCAUGUGUGGCCUAUGCAAAGUGGACUUAACACAUAAACCCCACCCACAUGUAACACAAACACACAAAUCUUGUGUCUUGUACACACAUCCUGUACUUGUGUGUCUCUGCACAUAUAUUUUGUACAUGUGGAGCAUGUGCAUGUAUGUUUUGGACACCAUCUAAGGUGUUUCUUUCUGGACCCUCCCAUUUCCUGAGACCACAGAGGGGAGAGGACUGUGAUUGACACCUGCUUCUGCCCACCACUUUUUUUCCUCAGGUCAUCUAGAAGCUCCUUGCGGGCUGGAACCUUUUCUGUGUGCUCUACCUCGGUGCCUGGCACACAUCAGGAGUUCAAUAAAUGUCUGCUGAUGAAGGCUGCACAUUUCUUUGCUGCACACUCCAUCUUCUGUUCCUUUGGGGGAGAAUGGGGGUUUGAAAGAUGGAAACUAGAUCACCCUAAGUUAGGGUAAGAGAUGGGAUGAGUGGAUGUCUAGAUUUUUUUCCAGCCCUAGUGACUCUGGGGGCCUAGAAGAGGGUCCCACAACUC